AGAGUACGAAAAGAUUUGGACUGGUUCAUGCGAAUGACGUCAGAGAAGACAUUUUGUCAACAAAAAAGAAACGUAAAAUCUUGUGACAAAUAAUCAUCAAGUAGAAGAGAACAUUUCUUUCAACAGUGAAGUCAAUAUGGGCUGCAUAAUAGGGGGUUUGGCAUGUUGUGUGGGGAGUGCAGCUUGCAGUCUGUGUUGUGCCGCCUGUCCAUCAUGCAAGAACUCAACAUCAACAAGAAUUGCUUACUCUUUCAUGCUCCUUGUUGGAACCGUUGUAGCUGCCGUAAUGUUGGCUCCUGGCUUAAGAGACAAGCUAGAUGAUAUCCCAGGGUUAUGUAAAAGUUUUGUUGGAGAGCAUGUAUGGAACACUCAGUUACUGAAGGAACAGCAGUGUGAUGAGGUUGUAGGAUACCUGGCCGUGUAUCGGGUCUGCUUCUCAAUGGCCGCAUUCUUCUUUCUGUUCUGUCUUAUCAUGAUCAGUGUGAACUCCUCGAAGGAUCCUCGCUCCAAAAUCCAAAAUGGAUUUUGGCUGUUCAAGGUACUAAUUUUGAUUGGUAUCUGUGUGGGAGCUUUCUUUAUUCCAAGAGGUGACUUUGGGAAAGCCUGGAUGUGGAUUGGUUUGAUUGGCGCGUUCCUGUUUAUACUGAUACAGCUUAUCUUGUUGAUUGACUUUGCACACGGCUGGAGUGAGAGCUGGGUAGAGAAAUACGAGGAAACAGAUUCAAAGUGUUACUACUAUGGGCUGUUGUUUUUCACUGUCAUCUUCUACCUGGUGUCACUGACUGGGAUAAUAUUAUUCUACAUAUUCUAUGCCAAGGAUGGUGAAUGUGGACUGCACAAGUUCUUUGUCAGUUUCAACAUGAUUCUGUGUGUUGCUGUGUCAGUGCUCUCUAUUCUUCCAAGGAUACAGGAAUGUCAACCGAGAUCUGGUCUCCUGCAGGCUUCAGUGAUUACAGCUUAUGUUACCUACCUGACAUGGUCUGCUAUGUCCAACAAUCCAAAUACCAAAUGUAACCCAAGUUUGGCUCAGAUUGUUGACCCCAAGUUCAAUGUAACAACCCCAGCUCCAGGGGACAGUGCCCAGGUAUGGGGUCAUGGCAAGACAUUUGAUUGGAGCUCUAUUGUGGCACUGGGUAUCUGGCUGUUUGCUGUUCUCUACUCGAGUGUCCGUACAUCAACCAACAGUCAAGUGGGCAAGAUCACAAUGUCUGAGAAGACAAUACUACAGAGUGACACUGGCUCUGAUAAAAUACCUUUGACUGAAGAUGGAUCCAGUGACAGCCAUGAUGAGGAGAAGGGAGGCCAGAGGGUGUGGGACAAUGAAGAGGAGGGUGUGGCUUACAGCUAUUCCUUCUUCCACUUCAUGUUGAUGCUUGGAUCACUCUAUGUCAUGAUGACACUCACAAACUGGUUCAGUCCCAGUUCUGACUUCUCCACACUGAACUCGAACAUGGCGGCUGUGUGGGUGAAGAUUGUAUCAAGCUGGCUGUGUAUCGUCUUGUAUGUGUGGACUCUGGUCGCACCAGUCAUUCUCAAAGACAGAGAGUUCAGCUAAGAGAUACCUUCCUUGUUGUGGGACAGAGUUAAAUUUCUUGUGAAGGAACAAAGAUAUGUUGACAUUUUAAGGAAGAGUGAAGUCUUUGAGGACAUGAAAGAAAUAUUAUGUUAACGUUAUUGUGAUAAUAUUUAUGCUUUAUUUUGUAUCCCGGCAUGAAAACAUUUGCUGUAUCUAUUUUAAAACUGCAUAGGUUAAUCAAAACUGUAAAAACAUCAUUUUUUCUCCAUUUUCUCUUUUUCACCAAUAUUGUGCCACCACCUUGUAACUGAUAUUCUACUGUAUGCUGUUACGAGAGUAAAAAUAAAUGUAACUGAUAUUAAAGAGAUAAUAGAAUACCAUUUAAUUGAUACAAUUUUUACAGUGUUAUUUUACCUGAAUCUUACAGCAGUUUUUGUUAAUCUUUGGAAUAGAUAGGUAUCAGUUGUGACUGAUCAACAUUUAAAUUGAAAAUAUUUAUGUAGAACAAUGUUACACUUACUGGUUGUAAAGAUGGAAAUUGAUGAUUUACAGCAUUUGUAUCUAUAUUCACAGGAUUUUCAAAUAAUUUUAUAACCAGUUUCAACAAGGAAAAUUCAUCAUAUUUUCCUCAGCAAGACAGAAUUUUUAUCAAAUUUUGUGCUUUUGAUCAAGACUGUAAAAAGUAUAUCCAAGGAAAAAAUGUGUUUUGUGCUUUGGGGAAAUCAUUUUAAAUGAAAAAGUCAUGUAGAAAGAUACAUUCUUGAAUAAAAUAUCCUUGUGACACAAUUUAAAUCUGAACACUGCUUUAAUAGGUACGCAAGACUUACUUCUUCAAAGUGAAUAAAAGAAAUAAGAUAUCGCAAAAGGAAAAUGCAGACAUAUUUUCUUUAUGUAUAGAAAAAAUAUUCUGGUAGUACAAACUUACAUUAGCUUCUGUAUUGUUGUUUCAUUAUCAGAAAAAAAUAGAUCCGUGUUUCAGUGGGGUUUAUCAAACAGUGUAUGUAUAAUCUAGAUGCUUUGGUGUAAUGGCCGACACAUUCUGAAAUAAAUUUGGUCAAAAGGUAGUAGGCAUGUCCAGUUUUAUACUAUAACAGUAACCUGACAAAAUACCAGGGUUGGAAUAUGAGAAAGGUGAGGAUAGUAUAGGAUAGUCUAAUCUGUAUGAUCUAUCUUAUGUUUAAGUUACACAUGCAAACUUAGUGAGAACAAAUAACAUAUCCGGACUAAUGCAAGUUUAGAGAUGGUAGACAAGGCACAUGCUCUGAAAAACCUUCCAGAUAUCUAUUUUACAUGGUUGUAAGUGAUAAUGUAAGUCUCUGUUGAAACUUUUAAAGAGCUUAGCUAAUUAGCCUGGGGGCUUGUAAGACCUAACAAUGUUAGUUUGAUUGUUUAUAAAAUAAUGCCUAAAAGAAUACCAAGCCGAGUCCAGAUACUCGUGUAAUUAGCAAAAAGCACUUUGAUGUAUAGGUAUAUGUUUUCUUUUUUAUGGGGUGCACAUCUCUGAACCUACCUAGAAACCAUCUGCCUCUAGAUCCUGUAUCUGCCUCUGAAUUUGUUGCUGCCCCUGAAUAAGGUAUAAAAUAAGUUCCCCUUUCAUUGUACACUUUUCUCCAUUGAUACAAAGUUAAUUUUCAUAUUAUUUUGUGUCUAGCAGUUUCGAUAAAAAAAAAUCACGAAGUAGUUUUAUUGAAUGUAACUAAACUUAUAUGGUGGCAACAGUGAAUCAGUAUGUGUCGGCUACAAAUUGUAAGAUGCUGGAUUUCAUCUUGACAUGUACAUACCAAAAUAAAUUUUCUUUUAAUCUUGUAUGAUCUGUAUGUGUUAUGUUUGUUAACUUGUAUUGUGAAUGCUUGUUGUUGUUUGUAUAGUCACUCUAUAUUAAAUGAUUUUCACAUUU